AGAAUCUCAUCACCCUUUAGAGGCAGUAGUGGUUGGCAGUUGCCAGCAGCUAUCUUAGCAUGACAGAGGGAGACAAAAUGUUUGACUCUGUGCUAUAUCAAAAUAUGCAUCAGGUAUAUCUACAGAAAGCUUUUUUCCUAAAUUGAGAAGCUUCCAUGAUCAGAGGAAUUACAGCUGGGGUUUUUUUGUGUUUUUUUUUUUUCUCUCUUCCAUGCAGGACAUGAUAGGUAGAAAAGAAUCCUGCACUUCAGGACAGAUACCAAUGACCAACCUAAGCUGCCUUGCCUACGUACUGGAAGACUGGAUUGUUGUGGAGUACCUGAAGAAAUACCUUUUUCAUGUGGUCAUCGUCUCACUGACAAUGAGUGCAAUAUUUGUUCUAUUUGUAGUUCCUGUAACAAUCCUCUUUUUCAUUUACCUUAGUAAUAUUUUGCUUUUAAUAUAUCGGAGGAACAGUGAGGUAAAAGCAGAUCCCUUAAGUGAUGUUUGGGAUAGUGCAAGGAAAACUAUAGCAAGCUUUUGGGAUAUAUAUGCAAGAAUAUGGCAUGGUUAUGAGCUUCAUGGUGUCGAAAACCUACCAGAAGGACCGGGCAUUCUUGUGUAUUACCACGGAGCUAUUCCUCUCGACUACCUUUACUUCUUGUCUAGGCUGUUUCUCUGGAAGAAAAGAAUUUGUCUGUCAGUAGCUGAUCAUUUUGUCUUUCGUUUACCAGGACUUAAAUUGUUAUUGGAAGUGACGGGUAUUAUGCCAGGCACAAGGGAGGAGUGUCUCGUUGCACUGAAGAACGGACAUUUGGUGUCCAUCUCACCAGGUGGAGUUAGAGAAGCACUAUUCAGCAAUGAAAGUUAUCAACUCAUGUGGGGAAAUCGGAAAGGCUUUGCUCAGGUUGCUCUAGAUGCAAAAGUGCCCAUCAUUCCAAUGUAUACCCAAAAUGUCCGGGAAGGAUAUAGGAUGUUUAAAGAAAGAAGAUUUUUUAGAGAAUUGUAUGAAAGUACUCGAUUGCCAUUUACUCCUCCGUACGGAGGACUUCCAGUUAAAUUUCGCACAUACAUUGGGGAGCCAAUCCCUUAUGAUCCAAAUAUAACUACAGAGGAAUUAGUUGAAAAGACAAAGACUGCUGUCCAGGCUCUCAUAAGCAAGCACCAAACAAUCCCAGGCAGCAUAUGGAAGGCUUUACUGGAGCGAUUUGAUAAACAUCAUAAAAGUGAUUAGAAAAGUGUUUAUUUCAUUGUUUUACAGGAUACACUAAAAAACAAUGUCCUAUGGCAAUGAUGACUAAUAAUUGGUGUUCAACCAGUUUAAUUUACAAGUUUCUACAGGUUCAACAGAAGAAAACAAUUAACCUCCUGAAGGUUCCCCUGUGUCUUUGAGGAUAUUUUGAAGUCAGACUGAAGAAGAAAGCUUAUGUAUAAGAGCAAUGCAACAGCCAAACACCCCAGAAGAAAAUAAUAUUGCCAGGAUUUGCCUGGUUCUUAAAACAUCUACAUACAUCUGAGAGCCUCAAAAGUUCUGUCUAGAUCUGUGUUUUUAUGUUUUGAGUGGUUCACGGUCUAGUCUCAGAGCAGAACCUCAGAGUCAGUGUUGUCCCACCAGAGUCCUCUGCUUGAUGGGCACCUCCCCUGUUGAACCCCAUGCACGACGGUGUCAGAAGAUAAACCGUCUCGCUUUAGCUAAUGAUGUACUGCUUAGACCAUUUUUCUAGAGAGACUAUACAAUAAGAAAUAAUCCUAUUAAAUUAGAUAUUAGACUCCUACAAACACAUCAAGUUAGUGGUUCAGUGCCCUGGAAAGUAGGAAUGCUACAUCCAAGACUUUGCUUGGACAGAAAAAAGAAGAGUCUCUCAAAGAGAGAGAAAAAGCUUUAGUUAAGUGUGGCACUAUGCAAAUACAUGCAGAAAGUAGUUUCAAGUCUGAACUGGUGCACUAUUCAAUACUGGUUCAGUGGAUGAGGCUGCCCCAGCUUGAGAAUCCCUGCAUCAUAGCGUGUUUGCAGUACGGAUGUGCUGUACUCACCUGGAUCUCCUGGGGAGCAGG